UCCUCACUGCUGUGGCUUAGGGCACACAACCCUCAGCCUAUCCCUGUGGCUCCCAGGAGACCCACACCACAGGGGUCUCUGGUGUCCUCCCACCCAGGGCCUUCUGUGGGAUGUUUGCCAUAGCUGGCAUUUCCUGAGAAGAGCCAGGGGAGCUCUUCCCAACCUUCCCAGAGGAGCUCCUGUGUGGACUGGCCUCUUCUGCCUCUGCUUGGGCCCGUGCCCUUCCCCAGCAGCCUUGUGGCAGACUCGGACACCCCUUGGUGCUGGUGAUGGACUCUGUGGCUCUGUUGGGUGACUCUGCAGUCAUGCUGCAGUUGCUCCCAUUCCGGUGUCCUGUUCUUGAGAGCUGCCUGUGUGGUGACUGUCCAGCCCCAGGGCAGGGAAAAUAACCCCUGGGAGACGGAGCAUCCUCAGUGAAACAUCCACCGCUACUCAGGCUGCAGAUGGACAUAUUGUGCUGAAUCUUUUCAACCGUGGUAAGAAGGAAAGCUAUAGCAGGAAACUGUGCUUCAGAUGUACCCACUCAGCACCGCAAUGUCUGGAAAGGGCAAAGGUGGUGUGGAAGGCAGUGCUGAUUCCUUCAUUUUGUGCCACAUAGACUCUGAGUUUCGCUACAACCUCUUCACUGUUUUCUACAGCAUCAUUUUCAUUCUGGGCUUUGUUGCCAACUGCUACGUUCUCUGGAUUUUCAGCCAUAUUUACCCUACCAAGAAACUCAAUGAAAUCAAGAUAUUCAUGAUAAACCUGACAGUAGCUGACUUGCUUUUCUUGGUUACGAUGCCAAUGUGGAUUGUUUAUUACCACCACCGUGGAGACUGGAUCAUGCCUGAGUUCCUCUGUAAUGUGGCUGGCUGUUUAUUUUUUGUUAACACUUACUCUUCUGUUGCCUUUCUGAUGGUCAUCACAUACAAUCGUUACCAAGCUGUGACUAAUCCUAUUAAAGCUUCCCAGCUGACCACACAGAGAAGGGGUAUCUACCUAUCAGCAGCUAUCUGGAUCAUAAUAGUGGGCAGCUCUUUGUAUUACCUUUUUGACAAUAAUACUAAUCAAGAGGAGAUCAACUCGAAGAAUUUCACCCGGUGCUUUGAGCGCUACGACACUUCUAGUGGGGUUUCGGCUGUUCUCGCAAUUCACGUCAUCAUCUGCGUCCUCUUCUAUAUCAUUUUCCUUUUUAUACUGGGCUGGAACAUUGUCAUUAUCAGGACCCUGUUCUCCAAGUCGGUGCAUCCACGGAAGAGCGCUCAUGUCAAGCAAAGGGCCCUCUGGAUGGUGUGCACAGUGCUGGCUGUGUUCAUCAUAAGCUUUGUGCCCCAUCACAUCGUGGACCUGCCCUGGACCCUGACUGUUCUGGAACAGUGGAAGAAGGAAAACUGUCAGCUGCGCCAACAGCUCAACGAUGCUCACCAGGUGACUUUGUGCCUCUUGAGUACAAACUGUGUGUUGGAUCCCAUCAUCUACUGCUUCCUCACCAAGAAGUUCCAGAAGCAUCUUUCAGAAAACCUGAAAAGCAUGAAAGGGAGUCGCAAGUGCUCCAGACAAACCACGGACACAGUGAUUGAGGGCACCAUUCACCAAGAGGAUGCCAUUAGGAUCUGUUAGAACCACUAAGCCUGUUCUGAUUGCAGAUGGAGAGGUGUGAAUUGAUCACUCAUCUUUUCUCAGGAAGAGGCACCAAGGGACAAAACAAAAGAUCAGGAUUUUACAUAUUUUUUUUUUCCCAUUAGACUGAAGAAUGGAUGCUCAUUUCUUCUAUACACACACAAUUGGCAGAACUGGAACCUGUGGUUAUCUGGCAGGAAAGCACCUUCUGUCUGGGCUGGUGUUCUCAUGGGUGCUGAGAACAGCACAAUCAAUCUGCUUUUACGUAAAAGAAAUGUGUCACUGAGCUCUGCAGUGAGCAGCUAGAAGUCAAGUGCACCAGAAUUAUCCAUUGUCCAGACAGAACCGUCCCUGCUCUUCUGCCUGCCCAGCCCUCACAAUGGAUCCAGUAUUAGAGCUGUAAGGGACUUCUAAAGGACCUGGAAGAACAGGCUGAGCUGUGAGUGUCAUUGGGUAACUUUUCUAAGCAGCUUACAUGGUCCUAUGAAGAGAGUCUGAGCUGAAGAAGCUCUUGAGUGGCUGGAAGAGACUAGUCCAUGGAGUUCCUCAAACGCUGUCAGAGGAAAUCUGCACCUCUGAUCCCUUCUUACCGACUCACAUGGUCUGCUGGGAUCCAAACUUCAGAGAUGUCUGGGAGUAGCUAUUAUGAACCUUUGCUUCCAGAUCUUGAGUCAGUCAAGUUGGGAAGGAAAGGAAGAGAAAUUGGCAGUGCCUCAACACCUCCCCACAGAUCAGCAUUAGCGCCAAAGGGCACUAUGGUCUGCCCUGGCUUCUUGUGUGACAGCAGAACUGGCCAGCCAGUGGUCUCAGUUUACUAAUUCCUGACUGACUGCAGUGUCUGUGAACACACAAUCUAGCUUAGGAGACUCCAAAUAACCAAAGGUUACUGUCAGCAUGGGCAUUACGAUAAGGAAAAAAAAUCUUAAAAUGCAUUAGUAUCUUUGUGCUUAUUUAUUUAAGUUAGGGUUGUAGCCAUUACAUUAUUCCUUCCCCCAGCCCUUCCAGUUCUGCUGCAAAGAAAUGAAGCUGGCUAGUUCUUGAUUUCCUACAGCAAGUGAGGUUUUACAUCAGGUCAUAGCCACUUUCUGAGUAAAUCAGUGCUAGGCAGUGGUACAGGACACUUGACAGACACACAAUUCACAGGCUCCAACAGCACUGGA